GAGAGGGGAGAGGGAGAGAGCGAAAGAGAAUGGAGAAGUACUUUGGCAACGCGUACAGGGGCGACCCAGGAGUGCCACAUGGAGAUGCGGAUCGGUUCGUGAACAUUUGGAUUGGAUCCGCGGCUUUCUCCGUCAUGACCUGGUUCAACCCCUACAUGUGGCAGCUCUCCAACCAGUUCAAUUGGCAUGACAAGUGGAUGCUGUUUGAGCAAUAUCACUGGAAGAAAGCAAGAGCAAAGAACCAGCCUUACGAAUUUAAGUGGAAUAAGAUACCUAGAGAAGUCCGAGAUUCGUACUAUUACAACUGGCCUUACUACUUCCCAUAGAAGCCUGCGUGAUGCAGUCUCGUCCUUUGCGUUAGAGAGACCAGAAGGAGGAGGAGAACUUGUAAACUGCAUGAGAACCUAUCUCGAUUGGCUUCUUGUUAUGCUCUUGUGCUGUUUGAUUUGAGGUUCUUGUACCGGUUCAAGAUUAUGUUUCUUGUUUCUCUGGUUGAAGUACCUUGUGGCAAUGGUAAACCGGCUUUCAGACCAAA